CUCCGGUCCUGCAGCACCGGCCGCUCCGCUCCCCGGUGGUGAUGGGCGGCGGGACGGCGCGGCCCCGCUGAGCAUCGCUGCUCCGGCAUUCCGGGAACUCGGAUCAACAGCAGCCCGGCUCCUCGGUGACCCGGGAACUCGGGACCUUGACACCCCCGGGAACUCACCUCCGACAGCAUCCCCAGGAACUCAGCUCCGCUGACUCCAGCUCCUCAAGACCGCGCAUCCCAGCUCCUCCGUAACUCCUCCGAUUCCCCGAGCUCCCCAGCCCCUCGGGUCCCGCAGCCAUGGCGUUCAUGGUGAAGAGCAUGGUGGGGGGGCAGCUGAAGAACCUAACGGGGGGCUUGGGCGGCGAGGAGAAGAGCGAAGGUGAGAAAUCUCCAGCCGAGGCGCAGGGCAUGACCCGUGAGGAGUAUGAGGAAUAUCAGCGGCAGCUGGUGGAGGAGAAGAUGGAGAGAGAUGCCCAGUUUGCCCAGCGCAAGGCGGAGAGGGCCACGGUCAGGUCCCACUUCCGAGACAAGUACAGGCUCCCCAAGAACGAAACGGAUGACAACCAGAUCCAGCUGGUGGGAGGUGACGUGGAGCUGCCCAAAGAGCUGGCCAAGAUGAUCGAGCAGGACAACGAGGAGGAAGAAGAGAAGAACUCGGUCAUCGGCCAGCUCAGCAACAUCCAGAACCUGGACCUUGACUCCUUGAAAGACAAAGCCUCGGCCACGCUAGGGGACCUGAAGCAAUCUGCUGAGAAGUGCUCCCUGAUGUGAUCCUGCUGAGCCCCCCCUCCCCGUCCGGGUGACGGUGGGGGAGAUGGGAGGGGAUGCAGCCAAGGGCCUGGUGGUGGCUGCUGCCUGCAGCGGGGACCCCACUGAUGUUGUCACCCCUGCCUCCUGUGAGUCGGGUCCUCCCUCUGAGCCAUGUGAAGCCUCGAGUCCCUGACCCAGCUUCUCCCUGGUGUGUGGUUUUUGUUUUGUUCUUUGGCCUGAGGUUAGAGUGCAGAGCUAGCAUGUCCCCCCUGCACCCCAGCACCUCCUCCCGUGCCCGUGGCAGUGGGUGUCUGUAGCGAGAGACGUGGGGGGGGGGUUGCAGGGAAGGAAAACCCCGAGUGACCUUGGUGUGUUCUUGAACCCUGUCCGUGGGAGAAGGCAAAGGUUUCCCAGCAGAGUGGUGGCUGUGUGCCAUGGCUCUGCCUCUGUGCUUCCACCCAGCCUUCUAGAAAUGGCUCCAGUGUUCUCUGCAAGGACGAGGCACAAUGAGAAAUGCUCCCCCCACACCCCACCCCCUGCAUCCCGUACCCAUCACACCAGAAAUAACAUCCCAUCCGUGCAAUAAACACCAACCACUUUGCCCUUGAAGGCCCCUCUCCGAGGAGUCAUCCAGGAAGGGCCUGCUAUAUGAUCCCACCUCGCCCAGCAAGAAGGGGGGUGCUGGGGGCCAGAGGGAUGAAGCCUGAAUUAAUGCCAGCAAGGAAUAAAGCCCCUGCCCGGUGCUCACCUGAACCCACCCCAGCACUGCCCCGGGGUGUUGGUGGCACAUCCAUCCUCCCCCAGGACGGGAUCCCCUCCUGCUCUUGUUCCUUCCAAGAGAAGAACAAAGAGAUACAGGAAAAUCCAACCCUCCCUCCCAA